GAGUUUUCAGUUGUGUACAGUCUCUCUGAUACUCUCGUGAGUGACUUAAUUCGCUCGUGUUUUCAUGCGGCGCUCGAGGGAAACGUGUUUUCGUGUUAAUCUCGAUAUGGAGCAGCCUGAUAAGUCUUAUCUGCGAUAGCUCGACUAUUUACUGUACAUCUACAGUGAGAUCGAUAAUGGCUACGAUGAUGUGUUGGCUUUCGAGUGUUAAGCUAGAAAAUAAGUGUUGUUAAAGCAGCUUUUCAAAAAGGGAACGAUUUUAGUGAUUAUAUAACCCAGAUGGCAGCAUAAGCUGAGCAAGAGUUUAUCGACGGAGUUGUUCUUACUGGUAUCGAGUUGCUAACAUUGCAACGAGAUGGCGCUUUUUAUUGAUCGACGCAGAAGCAAGUAGAAGCGCGCGAUUUGAAGCUGGUGAAGAGAAAAAUUGUAAUUUUUAAAGUAAUUUUUAAGCUAACUUUUUACUGUUACAUAUAUUUCAACCCGAAACAAAGAUUAUUUUUUGUAGAUUAAAUACCGUUAUGUAAUUUUUAAAACAAAAUAUUCCGUAUUUAGGAAUAAAAGUUUUGUUUAACAUAUGCAAAGUACUGAUUAAUGUAAGACGCAACUUUGUAAUCAACAAAUAAGUAUAUCAAUCAAGACAAGUAUAAUUAUUCAUAAUUAUGGUAAGAUUAAACAUGACAAAUCAUUUUUAAUAUAGGUAAUUAAAUACACGCAUAGGGAAUACAUAAGUUUGUAUUGAUUAAGGUUAGUAUUAAGAAACGAACAAUUAAUUAACUAUUAACGAAUAAUGACAGGUAAUAAGGAAAUCCCACACUUGUGAAAAUAAAUUAAUGUUUCAAUAUCAAUUAUUACGAGCUACUUAUAAUAUCAAAUUAAUUACCAUUAACAAGAGUUUUUUCUUCAGUGCAGAUUUAUUUUUUCCAUUAUAAUUUAGGAACGAAUAAGUAUAUUUGUAAUAUUGAUUACAAUAAUACAUUUUUAUGAUGAUUGGUAGAUGCAUUUAAAAAAAUCAUAGCAAAGCACUUUCUCACCUGACAAAAAACUGCAGGGGCUUACAUUUUAUUACCAAUAAAAUUUUUUCAAAAUCAUACUUUAGCUAUUUAAAAGUUGUAUCUUUAUAUCGACAAAUAUUUUGAUUUCUAAACUGAAAUUAAUAUACAUUAUUUUAUAUUGGCAGUACUCAGAUUUUCUCUUCGCAAAGAAAGCAAUACUAAACUUUAAAACCAAUCACUAUGUAACACGUAUACUCUAGAUAUGUAAUAUAUUAUUUGCAACUUGUAUGUAAUUAUUUAUUUACUAUAUGAAUUUAUUCUUCACUCAGAUAUGUAUAAAGCGUGAGCACAAAUUAUUGUGUAGCUGCCUAAAUUACAUUUUUUAUUCUAGUAUGAUUUGCAUAUUAGAUUAGCAAUUACGCAUACAGUUCUCUCAUGAUCGCGUGUGCGCAGUAUGAUCAUGUUCUUCUUUAGAUUAACGCUGUCAUAGUCGCUUAUAUUAGUGCUCAGGCUAUGAAAUUAUUUUUGUACAAAUGCACAUUUUUUAACAUUUUGUAAAAUUAUACUUGUGUUGAUAAAUGCACAUUCAUUGAUAUUAUUUUAUAAACAAGUACCAAGAUGUGAGUAAAUUUCUUUUUGUUAUCUAAAUCUCAUAAAUAUGUAUAAUUUUUAUAACUAUUUCUUUUAACAGUAUUUGAUUAAAUACGUUUUAAACCGUUAGUGUCUAAAACAAAUACAUGUGCCGAUCGAGUAAAAUAACGAGUAUUUUUGAGAUAAAAAAUAAGCAACAUGUGUGCAAAUAUUUUCAUAGGACAUCAUCAAUUUGGUUUACGGGUAGUUGGCAGUUGGCCAGGAAAGUCCCAAUUACCAGGUUUUUAUUUUGCUAUUGGAAUAAUGUUAUUUUUUCUUAUCUUUGAAAUAUUGAACAUUACUGAAGUUUACCACGAUCUUGAAGAACUUAUGGAUAACUUGGUAUCGACAAUAGGAGUAGUGUUGGGAUUAUUCAAAUUCAUCACAGUACGGGUGAAACGCAGAAAAUUAAAAACCGUGAUUAAUAAAAUUUUCGAUGACUGGAAGACCGACAGCCAAUUUGUGUCUGAAAUGAUGGUAAAAAAUUGCACCCGUUCCCAGCUUGUGUCCAAAUUUGUCAUAUUUUUGUAUAACAGCAUGAAUUUCACAUACUUCUUGAGAACUGUGAUAUCUCAUAUAUUCGAUGAGGUUCAAGAUAGAAAAUUUUUAGCUCAAGUAACUUUUCCUAUUGUCGAUGGAAGACAAACACCAUUGUACGAGAUUAUAAUAUUUUUUCAAUUCAUUACGGCAUCAGUAUGCUUUAACAGUCAAGCUUUAGUUGAAGGUUUACUUGCAACUUUGGUUCUACAUGCAUGUUCAAAAGUGGACGUCGUUAGAAGAGAAAUUCUAAAUUUUUCAACAAUUUGCAAAACAGAUAAGAAUGACAAAAAAGAUAUACUUAAGACUUUGAGAAAAUUAUCUGAAGAACACUUUAAGUUCAUUGAAUUUUCAGAAGAUAUUCAAGAUAUUUUUUCAUAUGUUUCAUUCUUUCACAUAUUCUUCUUAACCUUAAUUCAAGUUGUAUCAGGGUAUAUGUUCAUAGAUGGAUUAGAACGGGGUACAAAACCAGUUAAUUUAAUUCACUACGCAAUAUUGACAACAUCAUUUUUAGUAAGCGCAGGUUAUUAUUGCAUUGCCGGAGAAUACUUGACGAGCCAGAGUGAAAUAAUAUUCAAUGAGUUGUACAAUUGCUAUUGGUAUGAAUUUCCAUCUUCUUAUAAGAAAGCAAUUUGUUUUAUGUUACUUAAAGCUCGAAAACCAGUGAAACUUACUGUUGGGAAAUUCAGCACGCUAUCUCUGAUAUACUUAACCAGUAUAAUGAAGACUUCAUUUUCUUAUCUCUCCUUAGUUCGUGCGGUACGAUAAGUAUUUAAAAGUACUUAUACGAGAACAUUGAUACUACUGUGAAUUAUACAAAAAUUACACGAAUAAUAAAGUUUUUAAAAAUAAA